AUGAUCGGUUCGGUUUGUCGCAGAGAUCUGAAGAGAUGCCUAGUGCGUCAUGGCUCUUCUUCCACUUCUGCUCUUGCCUAUAAGCAGCUUCACAAAAACACGAUUAGGCCACCAUUGCCAACGUUAGAAACACCAUCAUGGAGCGCUAACAGUGCGGUUUCUUCGAUAUUGUACGAAACUCCAGCACCAUCUCGGCAACCCAAAAAACAGCAUGUGUUAAACUGUUUGGUUCAAAAUGAACCUGGUGUUCUAUCAAGAGUGACUGGGACUUUGGCUGCCAGAGGCUUCAAUAUUGAUUCUCUGGUUGUUUGUAACACUGAAGUUAAGGAUUUAAGCAGAAUGACAAUGGUUUUGCAAGGUCAGGAUGGCGUUAUUGAGCAGGCUAGAAGACAAAUUGAAGAUUUGGUCCCAGUUUAUGCGGUUUUGGACUAUUCUAACUCUGAAAUUAUAAAAAGAGAACUGCUACUCACGCGUGUGUCCCUCCUUGGUGCUGAAUACUUUGAAGAUUUGUUGUUGCAUCAUCAUAAGAGUACAGUUGAUGUUUCAAACUCCGGUGAGUUGGUAUCCGAAAUCAGAGAGAAACAAUUCCAUCCUACUAAUCUACCAAUGAGUGAAGUCUUAAGAUUGAAACAUGAACAUUUGAAUGAUAUUUCUAACUUAGCUAGGAACUUUGGCGGCAAAGUGGUUGAUAUCAGUGAUUCGAGUUGUAUCGUUGAACUAUCGGCCAAGCCUUCACGUAUUAGCGCAUUCAUGAAAUUGAUUGAGCCAUUCGGUGUUCUCGAAUGUGCUAGAAGUGGUAUGAUGGCCUUACCAAGAAUCCCAAUCCAAAAUGGUGCAGAAACUGAGGAAGAUAUUGAGAAGGUCAACGAAAUUGUUGACGUUAGCCAGCUUCCUCCAGGUUGA